CCGAAUUGAAAGUUAAAGGGAGGAAAAAUGAAUUUAAGUGUAAGUGUCGCGUAGAUAAGCAUGAACAGGGAGGGCAUCACGAUUCUAAAUAUAACAUCGAGUGUUUUAAGGACAGCAAAUAUCUGGAGUCAGUUAAGAAAUAAUAUCUAAAAGUAACUGUGAUAAAAAAGAUGAGUGCAGGUUCGUAUCCUAUGCGUGAUGUCGAAGCUAAUGGAAGUAAAGUUACACAUACGGAGAAAAAUACAGAUAGAGAAAAAAAAUUACGUAUAGCUGUGAUCGUUCUUGCUAUUUUAAUCUGCGGUCUCAUAAUUGCUUUAAUUCUACUUGCUACUUUAGGGAAGAAAUCCAAAAUGGAAGAAAUUUGUACAGAUGCUUCAUGUGUAAAAUCAGCCAACUUUUUAUUGAAUUCAAUGAAUACUUCCGCUGAUCCUUGCGAAGAUUUUUACGAAUUUAGUUGUGGUAAAUGGAUAUCGGAACAUAUGGAAGGACAAGGAACGAGAACGUUACAGAUGGCAAGCGACAAAUUGGAGAAAGAUAUUAGAGCGUGCAUUUCUAUAAUGUCACGAUAUAUCCGGCCUCAUAAAGAAAUGCGUAUUGCAGGAAAUAUAUCUUAG